AUGCAGAUGGCCUGGCUCUCAUGGGGGCCUCGACACUCCAGUGUUGUUGCUCUUCAAUUUCAGCGUGAACCAUUUGUCGAAUGUCUGCUCCAGGACAUCUGCGUCGCGGACUACAAAUCCCUUGAGGGCCCGCUGCGGGUGGACGGGUUCCCGUGCACGUUCGCGACGGCGGAGGACUUCUUCUUCGGCGGGCUGGCCAAGGCCGCCGACGUGUACUCCGGCAGCCCGAUGGGGUCGGCGGUGACGGCGGCGGACGUGGGGACGCUCCCGGGGCUCAACACCCUGGGCGUGUCCAUGGCGCGGACGGACUACGCGCCGUGGGGCGGCGUGAACCCGCCGCACUCGCACCCGCGCGCCACCGAGAUCCUCUUCGUCCUCGACGGCACCCUGGAGGUGGGCUUCGUCGUCGCCGCGAGCCGGCUCCUCGGCCGCACCGUCUCCCGGGGCGAGGUGUUCGUGUUCCCGCGCGGCCUCGUGCACUUGGAGCGCAGCGUCGGGGCGGCGCCCGCCGUGGCCGUCUCGGCGUUCGACAGCCAGCUGCCCGGCACGCAGGCGGCCGCCGCGGCCCUGUUCGGCGCCGCGCCGGCGGUGCCGACGGACGUGCUGGCGCGGGCGUUCCGGACCGACGCCGGGGUGGUGGAGACCAUCAAGUCCAAGUUCGCGCCCAAUUAA